AUGCGGCAGGCCAUGGAGGAGAGUAGGUGCUGGCCGAUAGAGGAUGCGGGCCCGGAGACUCAGGAGGACAAGCGGAGACGACUGGAGGCCCACGGCGUGCGGUGGGUGGCAGACAGCCGAGGGAGCAGGGGCGGCUUCUCGGUGGAGGUCCUUGGCGGCCCGCCUCCUGGAGACUCUCAGGAGAGCAGUGCAGAUGGGUCCGAGACUCUCGCCGCUGUGAGUGCCCCGGCCCGGAUGACUGGAGGCCCUUCGCCUUCGCCGCCUCCGUCCAGCCGGAGCUCCUUGGUUGCCGAGUCGCCCGAAGGCAGCGUGCACUCGAAGCAGCAGACAGCUGUGAAGAGCAAGUCCUUAGCGAUGCCACUGCCAGGCCCUUUGAUGCAGACGGUCACGGUGGACCCGCGCCAGCUGCUUCGGGAGCUGAGCGAUAGUCAGGUGAGGGAGGCCCGGCUGGAGGAGCAGCUGAAGUUCGCCGAGGAGAGGCGGCAGAUGCAACAGGAGCACGCAGCCAAGGAGCUGGUCCUGCAACAGCAGCUGACGGAUGAGAAGGUCCAGCGGGCGAGCGCAGAGGCUCAGGCUGGAGUGCUGCGCGAGCUCUGGCAGCAGGAGCGGCAGCAGGAGCGGCCGGCCCUCCCGGCACCGGAAGCUCCAGCGAAGCCGGCCAUCAUGGCCAUCCAGGACGCGGUGUCCAUGAAGGAGGAGGAGGACGCCGAGGAGAAGGCCGGGAUCUGGCGCGCGACGAUACUGCCGGGCUCCCGAUUCAUGGACAUGUUCGAGCUGUUAUACGGCUUCUCAGACAAGUGGAAGCACUUCUCCUCGACCAACUUCGUCUCGCAUCAGCUCGGGGAGGAGGACCAGCGCCUUUUCGAGGCGGCCAAGGCGCGCUUCGAAGCCGUGGAGAAGCAGGAGUUAACUGCGGCCGAGCUCUGGGAGUUCAUGCCUAGAAAGUCUACUGAGUGGCUGCCCUUGUUCAAGUCCGUAGAGGAGUACGAGAAGGCCAUCGGGAGACUCCAGGGCCAUCUCGCGAUUCCACAGUUUAGGGAGAUGCUCCUAGCAGGGCUCGCUAGCAACAUCGGGGCCAUCUCGCGAUUCCACAGUUUAAGGAGAUGCUCCUAG